UGUUCCCAAUUAGCCGCGGGAUGAGGCGGGCGCUGAUUUUCAGUGUGUUGCUGGGGGCUGUGCUUGGCAAAGAGGACUUUACAGGGCACCAGGUGCUCCGAAUCUCUGCUACCGAUGAAGCCCAGGUACAGAAGGUGAAGGAGCUGGAGGACCUGGAGCACCUGAAGCUGGACUUCUGGAGGGGCCCUGCCCAGCCUGGCUCCCCCAUCGACGUCCGAGUGCCCUUCCCCAGCACCCAGGCUGUCAAAAUCUUCCUGGAGGCCCAUGGCAUCGGGUACACGACCAUGAUUGAGGAUGUGCAGGCCCUGCUGGACGAGGAGCAGGAGCAGAUGUUCGCCUUCCAGACCGGGGCCCUUUCCACGGACACCUUUAACUACGCCACCUACCACACCCUGGAGGAGAUCUAUGGCUUCAUGGAUAUCCUGGUGGCUGAGUACCCGCAGCUUGUCAGCAAGCUCCAGAUUGGCAGCAGCUACGAAGGGCGUCCCAUCUACGUGCUGAAGUUCAGCACGGGGGGAAACAGCCGUCCUGCCAUCUGGAUCGACACCGGCAUCCAUUCCCGGGAGUGGGUCACCCAGGCCAGCGGGGUCUGGUUUGCAAAGAAGAUCACACAGGACUAUGGCGAGGACCCCACACUCACCGCCAUUCUUGACUCCAUGGACAUCUUCCUGGAGAUUGUCACUAACCCUGAUGGCUUUGCCUUCACCCACAACAAGAAUCGCAUGUGGCGCAAGACUCGGUCCCUCACGGAGGGCUCCCCCUGUGUUGGAGUGGACCCCAACCGGAACUGGGAUGCUGGCUUUGGGAGGCCUGGAGCCAGCAGCAACCCAUGCACAGAGACUUACCAUGGCAAGUUUGCCAAUUCCGAAGUGGAGGUCAAGUCCAUUGUGGACUUUGUGAAGAACCACGGGAACAUCAAGGCCUUCAUCUCUAUCCACAGCUACUCCCAGCUCCUCCUGUAUCCCUAUGGCUACAAAGCAGAGGUGGCCCCUGACCAGGCUGAGCUGGACCAGGUGGCCAAGUCUGCUGUGACAGCCCUCUCCUCUCUGUAUGGCACCAAGUUCAAGUAUGGCAGCAUCAUCAAAGCAAUUUACCAAGCCAGUGGAAACACCAUUGACUGGAGCUACAGCCAAGGCAUCAAGUACUCCUUCACCUUCGAGCUCCGGGACACGGGGCGCUAUGGCUUCCUGCUGCCGGCCUCCCAGAUCAUCCCCACGGCCCAGGAGACGUGGCUGGCGCUUUGCGCCAUCAUGGAACACACCCUGAAUCACCCCUACUGAACUGGCCCUUCGGGACCCUCCUCUUCCCCCCUCUCUGGCCCCACCCAGGCAACCAAAUAAAGUCUGAGUGUCCAUGGAACAGAAUCUGGGGGCUGGCA